UGCACGCUCGCCCUCUCGCUCACACACACUCGCCCACUGGCCGCCCCACUCGCUCUCUGCCGAGAAAAAAGCUGAUAAACGGUGGACAAAAGCAAAGCAAACGUAACGAAACGAAACCAAACCGACACCGAACUUUUGCCCAAGUGCAGUUUUAUUUAAUCAGUGUGCAAAGACGCGUUGUUUGGUUAACGCCGGCCGACGGCUCAGCGAAACACAUAAAUUUAUACAAAUAAUAACCACAACACCACACUUACACAAAUAUUUUUUUUUUGCAAGUCCUACGCGUGUGAAUAACUAGAAUACCUAGCCCCUUCCUUCACAGCAAAAUCAAAGCCCCUUUUCAACGGAAUUGUGCAUAAAAAUAGACCUAUUUUCAUGGCCUAAACCAGGGACCAUAAUGGUUUUGGAGACCUCCGAGGGCGAUACCAAAAAGUUCCUGACCAACAACAAUAACUCGAGUGCCAGUCGAAAUAACAACAACCACAACAGCAACAGUAGCAACUAUAACAACAACAACAGUAAUCAUCACAGUCCCAAGGAAAUUGAGGAGGAGACUGGCCGAAGUAGCAGCACCAGCACCAGCAGCAGCAGCAUCCCCAUCCCCAUCCCCAUACCCACCAACGCCCACCGGACCACCACCGGUCAGCAUCUGCUGGGUGGCUCCCCAUCGAGCGGCAGCUCCACAUCCGUUUCCGGUUGCGGCAUGCCCUCCGAGGGCCUCCAUCCGACGGCCGCCCUCCAAUUGUAUGCCGCCGCCGCCCAACUGGCGCCCAACGGCGUCCGCGUACCGCCCUGGGGUCCCUUCCUGCAGUUCGGCGUGCCGGGCGUCUUUGGUCCCAAUGGACCAUUUCUCGGGCGGCCACGUUUCGAUGCCGCCUCCGCCGGCGGACAUCCGAAUUCCGCUGCUGCUGCCGCCGCCGCCACGCAAAUGGCCGCCGUUAAUGCCAGCAAUGCGUUCGCCAAUCUAACGGGACUGAGCGCGGCGGCGCUGCGUAACGUGAGUGCCGCCCAAACGACGGCGGUGGCGGCCGUCGCCAGUACAGUGGCCACCAUACAGCACCGACUGAUGAUCGGCAAUCGACAGAGUUUGCCGCCGGCGGGUCCGCCCAGCGAAGGAUCCAACGAGGAUGGCGGUUUUCCCGGCGACGGCGACGACGACAGCAGCGCGGCCAAGCGACGCAGGUCGCGCACCAACUUCAACUCCUGGCAACUGGAGGAGCUGGAGAGGGCCUUCUCCGCCAGCCACUAUCCGGACAUCUUCAUGCGCGAGGCGCUGGCCAUGCGGCUGGACUUGAAAGAGUCGCGAGUUGCGGUAUGGUUCCAGAAUCGACGUGCCAAGGUGCGUAAGCGCGAGCACACGAAGAAGGGACCCGGCCGCCCCGCCCACAACGCCCAGCCGCAGACCUGCAGCGGCGAGCCCAUUCCGCCCAACGAGCUCAAGGCCAAGGAGCGAGCCCGGCGCCGAAAGAAACUGGCCAAGGCCAUCGACCGGCAGGCGCGCAAGCUGCAGGCCAAGGGCAUCACCGUGGACCUGGAGGCCCUCAAGGCCGAGUACAUAUCACAGCACAAGGCGAACGGCACCUUCUCCGACUCGGAUCUGGAGGACGAUGGCAUCCAGAUCGACGUGGUGGGCGGCACGGACAGCGACGACGAGGGCGACAGCGACGCCGUCAGUCCAGUGCGUCUCGGUGGCGGCGGCGGAGGAGGAGGAGGUGGUGGCAGUGGCUCGGGAGGCGGCGGUGGUGGUGGUGGUGGCGCCUCCUCAUCGCUGCACUGCGGCAACCUGGAUGGCGAUGGCGAUAGUUCGCGGGCGGGCAGCUUCAUUGGCGGCGGCGGCAGUUUGGGCAGCCCCAGUUCGGUGGCUCCACCGUCGAUGCUCUCGAAUGGAGCGCUGCAGUUCGGCAAGCUGGAGCCGAUGGAUGGCAAUGAGUCCGAGGAGCGGGACAGGGAUUCGCGCGACUCGCCCAAGCCGCUGCUCUUCCCCGCCAAGGCCUUCCACCAACUGAACCUGCAGAGCAGCCAACAGCAUCACGCACUGGUCGUGGCUCAGGGUCAGGGCUCGGGAUCUGGACACGGCCACGGCCACGGGCAUGGUCAUGGGCAUGGGCACCAGCACCAGCACAACCAGCACCAGCAUCCGCAUCAGCACCAUCUUCACCAUGGCAGUGCAUCCGCCUCGGCGGCGGCGGCGGCAGUUGCGAAUCUGGUGCACCAGACAUCGCCGAUCAGCAUGCGGCGCAGCAAUCCCUUCAGCAUCGAGUCCUUGCUGUUCAACAACACGUGAGGCAACCACGCGAGGAUCCCGAUCCGGCCGCAUCCCCUCGAGAACUCCUGGAUUUCCGCGUUCCUAGUAUAUGUUGCUCAACUUGUUUCCACUUCUCGCACUCUAAGUUUCACCAUUUGUACGUAUCUUCGGUUCAGAGCUUGAAUAUAUGCCCUAAGUGAUUUAUUUAUUCCAAUGUAAUGUGUAGUGUAUUAUUUCGUCGUUUAUAUUUUGUAUUUUUUUGAUCGUACACCUUGUUCCCUGAGAGAGACUAAAUUAGUGUUGUAAAUGAAUUUAUUAUUUGUACCGCGUAUAUAUACAUACUAUAAAUAACCAUUUUUUUUUUGGAGUGGCUGAUGCCCAAAGCAAUGCUUGAAACAUGAAUAAUAUAAUUAUGUAAUAGAAGUCUAUUGACUAAGGACAUUUUUUUUCCAAGUGUGCAUGCGAUUGUGUGUGUGUGUAUGCGUGUGUGUGUGCGUGUGUGUGUGGGAGAGCGCGUGUGUAAAAAUGUAAUUUAAUUUAGCAAAACAAACGAAACACAAAGAAUUGAAAUAAUAAAAAAUCCACGAGUUAAGUAAGCGAAUAUUUUUUUUUUUUUUUUGUGUCGAUAAAAGCAGGCUAGAAUAUUACAAAUAUGAGAGAACCCACACAAUAUUACGUAUAGACAUGCAAAGAACGGCGAAAUGGCUGCUAAAAAAUUAUAUUGUAUCUAAAAAAAACUGAUUGUCAAACAAGAAUAAAAUGCGAAUCUGUAAAGAGAGAAAAACCACAUAAACAACAAAUUACGAUUAUUAUUUCCCCC